AUGGGUUCCGUUGCACCCCAGGUUGCUGAGCUUGAUGGCUCCAACUUCAAGAUCACUCGUUCCACCAACUUACGAAAUGUCCCUCUGCCCGGCUCUCCCGAGGAGAUGAGCCACUCCUACUGCACCGACCACAUGGUCAGUGUCCGCUGGACUGCUGCCAAUGGCUGGGAGACUCCCGAGGUGAAGCCCUAUGAGAACCUCAGCAUCCCACCCACUGCUUCCUGCCUCCACUACGCUACCGAGUGCUUUGAGGGCAUGAAGGUGUACCGUGGCUACGAUGGCAAGCUGCGUUUGUUCCGCCCCGACUGCAAUGGCGAGCGCCUGAACACCAGUGCCCAGCGUUCCUCUCUGCCGGGCUUCAAGUACGAUGAGCUGAAGAAGCUGGUUGCCAAGCUGAUGCAGAUUGAUGGCCCACGCUGGCUGCCCAAGGAGCGUCCUGGCUCCUUCCUGUACAUCCGCCCUACCAUCAUCGGUAACGGCCCGCACCUGGGUGUCCAGGUCCCGAAGGAGGCUCUUCUCUUUAUCAUUGCUGUCCCAUGGCCCGAUUUCACCAAGAUGAAGAGGGAAGGCCAGACCGAUGCGCCCAAAGGCCUGAGACUGUUUGCCUCUACCCCAGACACCAUCCGUGCCUGGCCCGGUGGCUUUGGCUGGGCCAAACUCGGCGCCAACUAUGGUCCUUCUCUGCAGGCCCACGGCAAGGCCCAAGCUAUGGGAUUCGACCAGAUCCUCUGGCUGUUCGGCGAGGACCGCCAGGUCACCGAAGCCGGCGCCAGCAACUUCUUCAUCAUCUGGCACAACGGUGACACCGGCAAGCUGGAGCUCGUCACCGCCCCCCUGGAGAACCAGCUGAUCCUGCCCGGUGUGACCCGCCGCAGUGUCCUUGAGCUCGUGCGUGAUCGUCUCUCUGAGAACUUCGUUGGCCACCUGGCACCUCUGGAGGUUGUCGAGCGUACCCUCACCAUCGGAGAGGUCGAGAAGGCCGCCAAGGAGGGCCGCAUCGUUGAAUCCUUUGUCUCUGGUACCGCCUACUUCAUUACCCCCGUUGCCAUGAUCCGCAACAACGACUCCGAUAUUAGCACCCUCGGUGCCGACGGUGAGCCUGCUGGCUACGCGUCGCAGAUCAAGUCGUGGCUUGAGGUCAUCAUGUAUGGCAAGGAGGAGCACGACUGGGCCUACGUUGUUGAGGAGAACUAA